AUGUAUUACGAUUAUUAACAAAAACUAACUUAUACGGAAUAAUAAAGAAGGAAAAUAAAAGAGUACUUCGAUAAGCAUGAAUUCUAAAAUCUAAGGUAGUACAAUAAAGUUUCAGAUUACGAUCUGCCAGUUUUUCCAAAAACAGUAAUCCGCUAAAUUCUUUCAUCGAUGAGAAAUGAAGAUGGAUAUUAAUGCUAUAUGCUUAUGGGGUUUAUGAAUAAAUUUAUAUAAGAAAAAAUAAAUAAACUAAGCGAACUUAAAUAUUUAGAUGAAUAAAAAUAUGAAAAAGACAGAUUUUGCGAGUUAUCAUAUGGUACAUAUAUUAAUGCGAUCAAAUAAAUGAAGUGGUUUCAUGAUAAUGAUUUUGAUUUCAAAACAACCAUGUAUAUUAGGGAUUAAAAAGGUAAUAUAGUCCAUAAAAUGCCUAAAAAGUUAUAUUAAUUUAAAUCAAAAUACUACCAAGGAGAUCAAGAAUUAAAAAAUAAUUCUUUUAGAUACUACGAGAGUUUAUUUUAUGAUGACGCAUUAGGAUAUAAACAUUUUCAAGAAAUUAGAAAUAAUAGAUUAGCAUAAGAAAAUUUGAAAUUAUAAGAAGGAUUUGAUAAUGGAAAAAGUAUAUUAGAAGAUGAAUUUGAGAGAGAAGAAAGAUUAUAUGAAUUUGAUUACCCUCAUCACAAUGAAACUGAAUCUAAUAUCAAAGAAACACAAAAAGCUGAAAUGAUUUUUUAAGAAAAAUUAUUUCAUGUUUACAGAAUCUUAUUUGGUAAUCCAAGUUAAUAUACAUUAAAUCAAAGAAAAAAGCAUUUUGUUUUGAUGGUAACAUAUUUCCUUUAUGACCCAAACGAUAAGCUCCUGAAUGAAAAGAUGGUACCAUAUUAUUGUAUUUUCUCAGAACAUUUAGAAUAUUAAACAAUAAUUGAACCUUUGGAUAGCAGAAAUUAUUUAACCUACAGGGACCUAAAUGAGUAUCCUAUAUAGGCAACUUACAACAAGAUGAUAUUUCAAUUGGAAGAAUUCCUGAAAAAAAAUCCUGGCUUUGAAAAUUCUUUUAAUUUUUAAUAAAACUACUCCAUGCUUCUGUUUAAGACAAGGGCAUAUGAUAAAUGUAUUGAUUUUAUAGUAAAGACAGGUAUGCCAAAAUUACCUAGUUCUAUUUAUUAUAGUUUUAAUAGUUAAAGUGAACAUGAUUGUUUAAGCUUUUCAUUAAAAGAAUUUUGGUAUCCUUUAUUUUAGAGAAUAAAUUGUGAUCAAUUAGAAUAUAUGUCAUAUUAAGUUGCAAGAGCGGCCUUUGAUAGAAAUGAAGUACUUUAAUUAAGAUUUUAUAAUACAUUGUACAAUUUAGUCCACAAUACUAAUUAAUCUGCAGAAAUUGUUCAUAAAGUUGGUAAUGUAAGGUAUACUCCAGACAGAGAAGAAUUCAUUUAGCAUAAUUGGAAAGCUAUUGGAAUCAAUCCUAAAUGCUCUUCAGCUCAUAAUAGUCUAGCUAAAUUUUACAUUGAAAAAAAUAAACCUGAGUUAUAUUUAUAGGUCAUGGAAUCUUUCUGCGAAUUUAAGUCUAAUGAAUUACUAUUAUUAGAAGGUAUUGAAAAAUUUUUUAGUUAAUUUUCUCUUUAACAACUAUCUAAAUGUGUGGCACUGUAUAGGUAGUCUUCAUAUUUAACAAUCCAUAGAGGCAUUAAUAAACUUUUUGUUAAUUUAAAAUAAAAAUUCAAUCAGUAGUAACUCAUAGGAGCAUAGUAAAAACUUGAUUUCUUUAAAUGCAGAUUUAAGUUAGAGACUACUUAUUUGCAAUAUAUAUUAUUAUGUUUGGCAUAUAAGAAAUAAAUUUGCUAAUUACUUAUUUACAAGCAAGACUUUUAGCAUUUUGAUUUAUCAAUUGAAUGA